AUGUCCCCUGCAAUCCCAGCCCCUCCUCCAGCCCUUUACCUUAAGCAGGCUCGAAACAGCCCUAGCUCGCAAGAAUGCAUGUCUAUCUACGAUAAAUGGGCUGCCACAUACAACGACGAGGUGGGAGACUCCGCGCAAGAAUACGUGGCUCCCGUCCUUGUCGCACGAGCUGCUAUCAAGUACUCAGAAGGCAAUGGCCCUGCCAACACCAUCAUUCUCGAUGCUGGCUGUGGAACUGGCCUUGUGGGACAAGCUCUCUCAAUUGCCCGUCCUAAAGCAAUUGAUGGUCUUGACCUGUCUGUGCCAAUGCUCGACAUUGCCAGAGACACUGGGGUUUACCGUGACCUAGAUCAAGCAGACUUGAACAAGCCCAUUAACAAGCCCGAUGGGACCUACGACACCGUGGUCUGUGUCGGUACAUUUACUCUCGGCCAUGUCGGUCCUAACCCUGCCUUGCGAGAACUUGUUCGUGUGACGAAGAUACACGGAGUUGUUGUUGCUACAAUUCUCAAGGAAAUUUGGAUCUCUGGUGGCUUCAAGGAGGAAGUUGCCAAACUGCAAGAAGAAGGUGUGGUUCGUGCCACCGAGGAGCUGAUAGACUAUGUAAAAGGACACGGUGACAAGGCAGUUCUUCUCACCCUCGAGAAGCUCCCCAGCGCAUAA